AUGGGUUCUAACUAUUUUAAAGAUUUUGAAGAUCUAUUUUUAGAUGAACCAGGAUGCUGCAAGAAAGGAAGAAUCCAGUUGGUCCUAAAAGAAGGCGCGAUACCAGUUUUUCGUCCUAAGAGACCGGUGGCGUACGCUAUGAUGGCAGCUGUUAAUGGAGAAUUGGAUCGGCUGGAGCGAGAGGGAAUUAUCACCCCCGUAGAUUAUUCGUCAUGGGCCGCGCCUAUUGUGGUAGUGCGCAAGGCCAACGGAUCAAUACGCAUCUGUGGAGACUAUUCUACGGGGCUGAACGACGCGUUGCAACCCCAUCAGUAUCCGAUUCCACGCCCUGAAGACAUUUUUACCGCAUUAGGACAGUCGAAAAUUUUUAGUCAGAUAGACCUAUCAGACGCUUUUCUCCAAGUAGAGGUAGAGGAAAAUUGCCGCGAGCUCCUUACCGUGAAUACCCAUAGGGGUUUAUAUGUAUACAAUCGCCUUCCACCCGGUAUAAAAUCUGCGCCAGGGGCCUUCCAGCAACUCAUGGACACUAUGUUGUCGGGAUUGAAUGAUGUGGCCGCAUACCUGGAUGAUAUCGUAGUAGGUGGAGUUGAUGAAACCACACACAGACAAAAUCUGCGAGCAGUGUUUACCAGACUGCGUGAGCAUGGGUUUAAGAUUAGACGAGAGAAAUGUACGUUUAUGAAAAAGGAGAUAAAGUAUUUAGGACAUAUUUUGGAUCGUAACGGUUUGCGACCAGACCCUACUAAGGUUGAGGCUAUACUCAAGAUGCCGGCUCCAAAACAGCUAUCUGAGGUGCGAUCCUUCUUAGGUGCAAUCAAUUUUUACGGUCGAUUUGUACCACAAAUGCGCAAUCUGCGGUAUCCCUUGGAUGAGUUGUUGAAAAAGGAAGGGGCAUUUCAGUGGACUCCUGAGUGUCAAAAUGCUUUUCAAAUGUUCAAACGAAUUUUAAAAUCUGAUCUACUUUUGACACAUUACGACCCAAGUAAAGAAAUUAUAGUAGCUGCUGAUGCUUCUUCUGUAGGAGUCGGAGCGACGAUUAGCCAUCGCAUGGAGGAUGGAACCUUGAAAGUAGUACAGCACGCAGCAAGAGCAUUGACAAAAGCAGAAAUGAACUACAGUCAGCCAGAUCGCGAGGGUUUAGCCGUGAUAUUUGCUGUUACAAAGUUCCACCGCAUGAUUUAUGGGCGUAGAUUCAUGUUACAAACGGAUCAUGCUCCGCUGUUAAGAAUUUUCGGUGCACGCACAGGUAUACCAAUUUACACAGCAAAUAGGCUCCAGCGUUGGGCUUUAACGUUGCUGCUAUAUGAUUUUAAAAUUGAGUACGUGCCAACAGACAAAUUUGGUAACGCUGAUAUAUUGUCCCGACUGAUAGAAGAACACGAGCACCCAGAAGAAGAUUAUGUUAUAGCGAGCAUCGAAUUAGACAAUGACAUGAAUGCUAUUAUAGAUAACGUAACUAAAGCAAUGCCGCUAACAUAUAGCGAUGUUAGGGAAGCAACUAAAAGAGAUCCUACGUUGACAAAAGUAUCAAAGUACAUUCAGGAAGGUUGGCCUCAGAGAAAAUCAAACGACAUAAUAUUGAGAAGCUUCCAGACACGAAGCGAAGCAUUAAGCACACUUAGAGAAUGCAUCUUAUUCGGAGAGCGAUUGGUCGUUCCAGAAGCAUUGCGUAGGAAAUGUUUGAGACAACUACACCUUGGACACCCCGGAAUACAGCGUAUGAAGUCACUGGCGCGAAGCUAUGUUUACUGGCCUGGUUUAGACUCGGAAAUAGAUGAGUUAGUGAAGUCGUGUCCACAGUGCGCAGCAGCAGCAAAAUCUCCUCCACAUAGUACGCCAAUAGCCUGGCCCACUACGUCUGCUCCGUGGCAAAGAGUGCAUGUGGAUUAUGCGGGACCAAUCGAUGGAUUUUAUUAUCUCCUUGCAAUCGAUUCUUUCUCAAAGUGGCCAGAGAUAGUGCAAACGACCAAAAUCACGACUCAAGCAACGAUUCGUAUUUUACGUGGAUUAUUCGCAAGGCUGGGUAUGCCGAAUGUACUAGUUAGUGACAAUGGCACUCAGUUCUCAAGUGCGGAAUUUGGAGAAUUCUGUACCACAAACGGGAUAGAACAUAUUAGAACCGCUCCUUACCACCCCCAGUCGAAUGGACAGGCGGAGCGAUUCGUAGACUCUCUUAAGCGAGGGCUAAAAAAAAUCAGCGAGGGAGGAGCAUCGGUCCAAGAGUCACUGGACAUCUUCUUAUUGAUGUAUAGAAGCUCACCCAAUAGGCAGUUAGAAAACGGCAAAUCACCAGCGGAACUGAUGCUUGGGAGAAGAAUGCGUACCUGCAUGGAAUUGCUUCGUAUACCUCCCGAGUCUGAACCAGAAUCUCCCGUGCCUCAACAACGCGUUCGCUGUUUCAAACGAGCACAUACACACCGUUUAAACGUGCCUUGGAUAUGAGUAUCUUGAUGGAUGGUAACGUGGCUAUAACCAGACCAGACCCGGCUCCAAAUGUCUGCGCGCAACCGUCCGAUUCGACACUAGCAAGCGCAGCAGCUACGUGCUCGCCAA